GAUCAGAGGCAACAAAGAGGCUUUCGACGCCGAGACUGCUGCCGAUCGAGAGACGGACAUGCAACUAUAAGACAGAAAGCAAUCACCUUUACGCCGCACCAAAACCGCCCUCCCUUUCUAUUCUCGCCCCGAUUCCGAUACGCCGACCAGACAUUCGUUCGAUUCGACAGGACCUUCUCUUUAGUGGACCCUCGACACAGUUACUACCAUGUCGCAUCUCCUUCCGUCCAUGUUCCGGCCCGUUCACUGCGAGGCUUCGUCCUCGCAGCAGCAACCACAGCAGCAACCUAUUUCUCCCCAGCAGCAGCAGCAGCUGUUGAUGCCUAGCCACCCGAAACCCUGGGACGCCGAUCAACAGCAGCACGACCACCAGUAUGUGGUGCCCCACCUUCCUGGCGAAGGUCGGUUCAACGUCAGCGCAAAGAUCUUCUCGCGUCCCAAUGCCGACCCGGCGUUUCAAAAACAUCUCGAGGCUUUCCGCAAAGAGGUUGCGCUCUCGUCGCCGGGGAUGCUCACCUACCGGACAAGCACCGUGAGAGGUUCGAAACCCGAUGAGAGUCUCAUCUGCCAUGAACUCUUCAUCUCCGAUGACCUCGAUCCUCACCCACUGCCCCCGGCUCCGGCGACAACUGAAGAAGAAGAAAAGGGAAAGGAAGCCGAGGGAGGGGAAGGUGUCGAUCUCUCCAAGGCGUCGACUGCAGAGCUGGCACAAAAGGCAAAGGAAGCGCCCACGACCUUCCUCAAGGAGCUGGCGCACUCGGCGUAUAACUUUGCCCUCGGUGGUGUCGCUGGCGCGACGGGCGCCACGCUCGUGUACCCGAUUGACUUGGUCAAGACGAGGAUGCAGAACCAGCGAUCGUCGGUCGUGGGCGAGCCAAUGAUGUACAAGAACAGUCUGGACUGCGUCUCAAAGGUGUUCCGGAACGAAGGAGCUCUGGGCUUCUAUUCUGGUCUCGGGCCCCAGCUGCUCGGCGUUGCGCCAGAAAAGGCCAUCAAGCUGACGGUCAACGACUUGGUUCGAGCGCAUGCAAAGGACCCAAAGACUGGCGAGAUCAAGCUGCAGUGGGAGCUUAUCGCUGGUGGAACGGCAGGAGGCUGUCAGGUCGUCUUUACCAACCCUCUGGAGAUUGUCAAGAUCCGGCUGCAGGUGGCCGGCGAGAUUGCAAAGUCCGAGGGCGCUGAUCGCGUCGCUCGUGGAGCCGUCCACAUCGUCCGCCAGCUGGGCCUGGUGGGCCUGUACCGUGGUGCGAGUGCGUGCCUGCUCCGAGACAUUCCCUUUUCCGCCAUCUACUUCCCGGCCUACGCCCACCUGAAGAAGGACACGUUCCGAGAGGGGACCAACGGCAAGAAGCUCGGCUUUGGCGAGAUGCUCGCCUCGGCCUCGAUUGCGGGCAUGCCCGCUGCCUUUCUUACCACCCCGGCCGACGUCAUCAAGACGCGGCUGCAGGUCGAGGCGCGAAAGGGACAGGCGACGUACACGGGAAUCUCCGAUUGCUUUGCCAAGGUGCUCAAGGAGGAAGGCCCCAAGGCCUUUUUCAAGGGCAGCCUCGCCCGUGUGCUCCGGAGCAGCCCCCAAUUUGGCGCGACCCUCGUGGCGUACGAAUACCUGCAAAAGUUCCUGCCCUACCCAUUCGACUCGAAGCAGAAGGCCGACACGACCACCGCAGCGGCCAACAGCCGGCCGUGGGAGGACCCCUCGCGGCAGCACGCCCGCAAUGCCAUGCGGCUCCUCAUGCAGAUGCACGACGACUUUGGCAGCCCCACGCCGCCAUCUGGCUUCAAGCCCUUUACUGGCUCCUCUUCUGCGGCCGCCGCUGCUGUCGCACCUGCCACGCAAAAGUAGACACGACCAGAUACUACCUUCUUCCGACUUUUCUCAAUUAAUUAGACAGGUUGCCUCUGGCCGGUAUCUGACAGAGAAUCAAAGAGAGAGAAGAGAGAGAGGAGAGAGAGAGAGAAGAAAUAGAGAGGAGAGAAAGUGAGAGAAGCAAAAGAGAGAAGAAAAUGAGAGGAAGGGACGCACAUGGAGAUAUGACAUGACAUGACAU